UAGAAAGUUUUCUCCAGUCCGCGUGAGUGAGUAGCGCAUGCACACCGCUUCACCGCGCGCGCACGCACGCAUGCAAACAUAUCCGAACCCGGACAAGCAGAAACGCGCGCAGACAAACCCGGACCCGCACCUGGAUCUACUCACUCCACACUGCAAAAAAAACAACAACAAAAAGCAAAACAAGAGUGAAAGGAACAGAAACAGUCGCGUGAAUUGGACCUUUUUAACGCGCGCAUGAGGUCGGCGGCGGUGAUCUGGCGGGCCGCGCGCCUGCUCGCGCUCGUGCUCGUGUGUUUGCCGCUGGUCGGUGCGCGCGGUGCUCAGGUGCGAGCCGACAAAUCGCCGCGCGCGACAAACACGCGCCGAGAAGAUUUGUUCUGCCAUGAGGAGGUCGUCAUGGUGAUGGCAGGCGGCCAGAUCCAGAGCCCACGGUACCCAAACGCCUACCCGCGCAACCUCCUGCUGUCAUGGAAACUGCUGGCCCCACCCUUCACACGUGUUUUGCUGGAGUUUGAUGGGAGGUUUGGUUUAGAGGAGCCUGAGAACAACAUGUGCAGACAUGAUUUUGUGGAGGUUGAUGAUAUUUCGGAAAGCAGCACCAUCACUUGGGGUCCCUGGUGUGGACGGAAAGCCCCGAGUCCCAUCACGUCCCAAAACAACAUGCUCAGAAUCACGUUCAAAUCUGAUGACUUCUUUGUGGCCAAGCCGGGAUUCAAACUCUGCUACUCCCUGCUGGUUGAUGCUCCUCUGUCUUAUUUGAAUAACUUCGAGGCCGUCACAGUUGUGUCGGAUGAUGUGUCUGUCUCAAAUGCUCCAGUAUCAGCUGAUGUUUUGGAUGAUAUCAUUGCGGGGUUCAGUACAGUCGAGGAGGUUCUUAAACACCUGAACCCACACACCUGGAGACAGGACAUGAACUCUAUCUACACAAAUACACACCAGUACAUACCACGGAGCUACCAUUCCAACCAUGCAAACAAACUUGAUCUGGAUCGUCUCUAUGAGGACGUGAGGCUGUACAGCUGCACGCCACGUAAUUUCUCCAUAAACCUGCGGGAGGAACUGAAAGCCACCAAUGCUGUGUUUUUCCCACGAUGCAUCUUGGUGAAGCGCUGUGGAGGGAACUGUGCCUGUGGGACUGAACAUUGGAACUCCUGCACCUGUAGCCCUGCCAAAACAGUCAGCAAGCUCCAUGAGGUGCUGAAGUUCUCCCCAGGACCGAAUUUCUACAAAAAGAAAACCAGAGCACGCUGGGUUCUCGAGGAAAUCAACCUGCAGCAUGACGAGCGGUGCGAGUGCGCGUGUCAAUCACAACCACCUCGAUGAGACACACACACACACACACACACACACACACACAUCCACUCAGUAUUUCAAACAGUAACUGAUGUAGCUAAUGUAUCUUUCUCUUUGUCUGUACUUGUCUGUCAUUUUUAUCCAUCUUCAUGCACACUAUUAUUUAUUUCUGUUUUAUGUUCAUUUUCUUACAAAGAAAACAGGAUCAAGCUGAUCUAAGACUGUUCCUACUUACACACACACACACACACACAUUCCAGUCAUCUCUCUGGUUUCGGAAGAUGAAUGUGACAACCAGAGGUGUGUUUUUUUUUCCUUUCCCCACUUGUUAUCCAAAACAGUACAUUCCCCUCAUACCAGCCCUUCCUUACACACACACACAGACAGACAGAGUGCUGAAAGUAUGAUUGUUGUAGCUCUGGCUGUGAGAUUUUGGGUUCCAUGUUGGAUAAACUGCAAUUAUUUUCUGUGUCGUUGAUCUUAAAACCACGAGUAAUAAUGAACAGAUUUUCGAGGUCCGGCUUUCACCUGUGUGUAUUUUCCGGUUACUGCACAUCCACACAUAGCUUGCUAAUAGCGCGCUAUUCUAGGAACAGCCGGGUGCGGUAUCGUGGCUGACCUUUCACUCUGACCCCAACUUCCUGGGAUAUGCAAAAACAUCAUAUUUAUGUGACAAAUAGCAUCUUUCUUCCCGAGUCCUUCCUGAAUGUAUUUCUGAAUUUCUCCUGCUUACUCCAGCAGUAUUUCCACAGCGUGACUGAAGAAACGCUGAAACAUGAUGUGCUAAUAAUGCGCUGAUUUGAUCAAAACCAUGAUCUUGACAUCUGUGCUUGUCCAUGAACUGUGAUGUAAAAUUCAUGAGUCUGGGGACGGGGGGGGAAAUAAAUAAAUAAACCACGCUGUGAUUAAUGAUUUCUAUGAAAGUUCUUAGCGAAGACCUAAGUGAUGUCGUGGAGUGCUGGUCAUGUUCUGUUUAAAACGGCUUUUUCCAACAAGAUGGGCUUCGUGUCAUUUGACCACGAGGAUUAGCCUGGUUACCUGACAUUUUGUUAUUCCCAACGCCAAAGUCCAAUAAAAAUGCUAACGCUGUGCAUGGG